AGACUUUUUUUUUUUUUUUUUAAAAAAGAUAGCUUUCAAUGGAGGAAGUGGUUGCUUUGAUCUUUCAUGGAUGUAAGUUAGUUAAAGACCUUGAAGAAACCCUACCCAACAUCUCAAACCAACCUCAUUUUCUUAUUAGUUCAUGUGAUGAGAUCAGUAGGGUUUUUGGUAAUGUGAGGGAACAUUUGAACUUGCCGCCGCUGGACUAUGGUCACCACGAGCCGCCACAUGCAAUGGAUAUGGUGUUACAUGAACAACUAUCUCUCCAUCAACAUCAUGGGAUGGAGGCCAUUGCUAGCCAAGAAUUGGGUGGUGGACAAAAUGCGGAGACGGAUGUAGCUCAUUCUUCAUUGAAACAAACGCGAAAAAGAAAUCAUGAAGUAGUGAGACGAAGGUUUAGAGUGCCUGCUCCUAGAAUGGGGAAUACAGAAGUUCCACCGGAAGAUGGUUACAGUUGGAGAAAAUACGGUCAAAAAGAAAUUCUCGGAUCGAAAUUUCCAAGGGGAUAUUAUAGAUGUACCCAUCAGAAACUAAACAAUUGUCCUGCCAAAAAACAAGUUCAAAGACUUGACAACGAUCCAUACACUUUUGAAGUAACGUAUCGCGGUGAUCAUACAUGUAUGAUGUCCUCAUCCGCACCCUCCUUGCCCCCACCGCCACCAUCUGAGGCUAUGUCCACUUGUUCUUUACCGGCUUCACAACCCCUCCCUCAUUUGUUACCCAUGGAUAUCAAAGAGUCAGUCGGAGAUCUUUACAAUGUUACGCCUCAUGGCAAUGUUAGUGGGGCGGGUUCAUCACCUCCUAACAACUAUGUCGACUACCCCAUAGUGACUGAUUUAGUUGAUACGCUAUUUAAUUCUGACAUUAACAACAAUAAUAGUAUAAACUUUAUGUUUUCUUCUUAA